AUGAGUAAGGAGCAGGAUGGGAAGACGGGAAAGCCCGUUCUAGACUCGGCGGCCUCGUCCAAGGACAAUGAAUCUCAACAGCCUGACACGACAGAAAACAAGAAAUCAUCAACAUCUGACGGAACGCUUUUAUCCACAUCCAAUGCACCAUCAGAACCUAACAAUGACAGUAAUCAACAAGACGUAGUAGAGGCUGAUAAUCGUAACAAUCAAGCGGAAGAAGAAGACGUGGAGGUUGAUGAAGACGAUGAAGAUGACGAAGAGGAUGAUGUUGAAGAUGGAGAAGAUGAUGAUGAAGAUGGAGAGUGGUAUUGUCAUUCUUGCCAAAGGACAAUGACUGCUAUUCUCGAUUCAGGAACUCCCACUUGUCCACGAUGCGCAUCUGAUUUCGUAGAAGAGAUUGAAGAUAUGGACGAUCAUCCACGAGGCUAUAGGCCAAACAACAAUGAUGAAAAUGAAGACGAUGAACCUGUUGAGCCAGCCGCAGCAUCCGCAGAGCUUGCACGUGUCCUACAACUCGUAUUGCAACAAAUGUAUGGCAACAAUGCGAAUGUCAGUGUCGCCACUCGCCCAGCCCAGGAGGGUGAAUUACCAAACAAUGUCAUUAUCACAACUGCAGCCCCUGACAGUGAUAAUGCUACUACUUCCACCACCAUACAACCUAUACCAGACCUCGCUGCUCCCACACCAGCUGAAGGUGAAGCUCCAGAAGGACGGCCGAGGAAUCCAAGAGCGCCAACAACAGCAGCGGCAGCAGGGGGACCAGAAACUAUCAAUCUCAUGACAUUACUACAAGCAUUGUUUGAAGGACCCACAGACGGCCAACCAAAUCCACUAGCAAACAUACUCAAUAUGGUUGGGGCGCCAGGUACAAAUCCAGGAGACUACGUGUUUGGUCAACGAGGAUUGGAUGAUAUCAUAACUCAGCUCAUGGAGCAACAUGCGGCGGCAAAUGCACCACCACCAGCGCCAGAACAUACUAUCAAAUCAUUACCACGAGUCACUCUUGACAAGGAUCAAGUUGAUGGGCAAACAGAUUGCAUUGUAUGUCAAGAUGAAUUCAAAGUUGGAGAAGGAGCUGUAUUGUUGCCAUGCAAGCACUUCUUCCACUCGGUAUGUAUCGAAAGCUGGCUGAAAGUCAAUGGAACAUGUCCCAUCUGCCGCUACAACCUCAUUGAAAACAAAGCCGCAGACAGUAAGCCAUCAUCAGGACCUAGCUCAAUAUAA